CUCCUGCGAAGCUGUGAAGAAGAAGAAGAAGAAGCCGACAUUGUUAUAUGGUGCCUACUUUUUCUGCGAUUUGUGGAUGUUGUUAAAUAGCGUUAAAAACAGCUUUCGUAGGAGUAUCGACGAUUAAAGAAAUUGAUCUUAAUAAUUGAAUAUUAUUUUUAUUGACGAAGAUAGUUAACGAUCAUUUAGUGUUAAGUGAUUUUGUGAAAUGGAACCAGCUGCCCCUGGUACGGAGGACGAGAUUCCCUAUACUGCCGGGCUCACAAAGCAGGCAAACGAGGAGGAACGCCUGCUCAACUUGAAAGCCUUCCUGCCCAACGGACAGUAUGGCAGGGUUUUCGAGCUCAACUACCUCGAGCUCAAGAACAACGGCACCCAGCACUGGUUCUGCAACGCGUGCAAAUGCCCCGUCAUGGGGCGCGUGUACCAGCACGAGCUGGGCAAAAGGCACUGCAUCAACAUGGCGCGCGGGCACCAGCGCGAGGGCGACCCGGCCGCCCCCCCGCCCCCCACCAAGGAGGACCACCACCAGACCAUACAGGUCGCCCCCGGCGAGCCGCUCCCCCCCGGCUUCGAGGGCCAAGUCGAGGAGACCACUCUCAUACAGGAAAAAUUGGACAAUUUUCAAGCUGCACCUUUGGUAGCCUUGGAGUAUUUACUCGAAUUGCAGCACUAUGACCCAUCGAAGGAACCGUUUUACUUGUGCGUUCUUUGCGAUAAAAAGGGGGAUCCCAGAACGGUUCUGACACAUCUAUCGAGCUACAAUCACAUACAAUCGUAUUUGCAAAAGCAUUUCCCGACGUGCUACAGAAAGUUGGCGCCCUACAUGACGAAACAGUACAAGCGCGGUUUUCAGAGGGUGCUGGUUAACAUAGCCGAAGCUAUCGAGCACAAGUUCGGGCGCAUGAAACCCGUGCCCAUCGAAAAAGACAAGUUCGAAGCCGACGUGUCGCACUACCUGGCGAUCAUCAUGAAAAGUCGACAUUUCACCGAAAAAACCGGCCACACGUUCGAAGAACUGGUGCAGCACGAAGAACUCACGAAAGUCUACUACGAAGCCGAGGUCGCUGCGGACCCUUCGAUGGCGCCGGGCGUGGCCUCCAUCGCGAAGCCCUUCAAAAAGCGCAGCCCCUCGCCGCCGGUGGUGGCGCGGCCCGUGAAAAAAACCAAGCAACCGCCGCCAAGCAAGUUCCCCAACCCGAAGCAGCAAGAGUACCAGCGCAAGGACGAUAAAAACGCCGCGGGUUCGAGUUAUCCCGCUAACCCCGCGAAAAGGGAACGCAAGCGCUCUCUGUCGAGCGUCUCGAGCAUCUCCAGCAACGAAGACAUCGGCGAGUGGUCCGGCAAAUACGUCAAGAACAAGGAUAGAAAGCAACCGCCUCCGAAGAGGAACGACAGCAAGCCUCAGUUCCAGCGCAGAAACGAGCCGCCGCCUCAGAGGGACGGCCCGAUGCCGUGGCAGAAGUCGAACUACAUCCGCAGUCAAGACAAAAUAACGGGCGACAGAGGUCGCGACGUCGUGCGAAACGACAAAGUCGACGAGUUCAAAAAACUCUCGAAAGCGAUCGAGAACGACAUGGGCAAGUCGCUGCUGCACCACGAGAAAAACCCCGAGAAGCAUCCGCAGUACAACGACGAGUGGAAGAAGUUUUGGAACAAACGGUACAAGGAGCUGCAAGCCGAAGGCAAAGACGCGGCCAACUUCGACUUCAAACCGGAAUGGAUCCAGUUCUGGAACAAGAGGAUGAUCGAGUUGCACCAGGAAGAAAUUAAGUUGAGAAAGGACGCUUUAAGAAAAAGGUUGGGCUUGCCGGAAGAGCCUGCCCCGAUAUGCUUCCGGAUCACCGGGAAAGGUAAGGACGGUUCGAAGGACAGCCCGAAGGACUCCAAACCGAUGCCGAUGGCCGCAAGGCCCGACAACGAAAUGGACGACGAAGUGAUCGUCAUCGAGGACGACAAGUACGUGAAACAUCGCGACGACAAGUACAACCGUUCGCAGAGCCCGUGGGAGAGCGAACCCGUGCCGAGGUCCUCGAUCGACAGGAACUCGCGCGAGCGAAGGCUCCACAAGAACCCGAGCCCCGCACGCGAUAGGAGACGCGACAGCCCCUACAGCAAGCGAUCCAAAUCUCGAGAUCGUUAUUCUCGAACGAGAGACAGGUCCAGGUCCAAGGAGAAGUCCAUGGAUAAGCCGGAAUACAGGGAGAAGGGUUACAGGGAGAGUUCGUACGAGCGCGACGUGCGCGGCAAAGAUCGCGUCAGGACGGUGGCCGAUUUGCCGUGGGAAAGGGAAAAGUACUACGAGGAUUACUACAAACCCCCGCCGGUGAUGAGGGACGUGACCAGAAAACCCAUGAUUCUACCGCCGGCCAGGACCAUGGUUCCCCCGGAAGAGGAAGAGGACGACGGGGAGACGGCGAGUUUGAUACACCUGGCCGGCGAGAGGCAGAAGGAUCAGCAGAGCAAGAUGUCGACGAAGGUCACGCCGGUCAGCGUUCCGGGGGUGGGUACGGUCGAUAAGGCGGCCAUUGCGAGGCAGAUCGCGUCGGCGUUGAUCGCGCAGGGAAAAACCGACGUGACGCAGGAUCAGCUGGAGCAACUGAUCAACGCGGUGGUGGGUAUGGCGGAGGCGUCCAAGAAGGCCGGAAAACCGAUCAGCACGCAGAGUUUCUUGGACAAACUGAGCGGCAACUCCGCGGCAACGGAACCGACCGUCGAGAAAAAGGAGGUCGCCAGUCUGGACAAGAUUACGGAGCCGCUGACGCCGAGCCCCAAGUCCAGCAGCCAGCAGAACAUGGACCACCUGUCCGAUUCGGAUCUGCAAACGCUCCUGCAAAACUUCAAGGAUUUGCAGACGGACGAGCAACACGGGCUCAUAAACUACCUGAAAAAGUUGGAAUCGCACGAACCGGAACGGGUGGAACGUUUGAGGAAGUUCGUGAACCUCAAGCCGACGGAGGAGGAGAAACCGAAGGCGGGUUUGGACAUGAAAGGCCUCGAGGACGUCGACGAUUUCGAGGACGAGGAGGAGAAUAAACCCUCGGGGAGAGAGAGCCCGUUUUCGAACAGACUGGGCGGACUCAACCCGACCGCGGACGAGAAAUCCAAAGAACCGCCCGCGAAAAUACAGCUGGACUCCGAAGACGAAGAGUACAGCUUCGAGGAUGUGGUAAAAGCGGCGUCCAAGAACGUCAAGGCCAAAGAACUGGAAAAGGAGCGGCAAAUAGUGGAGGAAUCGAUGAAGAAAACCAAGGACAUCGUCGACGCGCAAUCGAUAAUAUCGAACUUGAUGAGCAACUUCAGCAAAAACAAAACCGCCGCCGCGAACGUGGGCGCCAGCAGCAGCUCCAACAGCGCCAGCACCUCCUCCAUGGACUUCUCCGGCAGCUUGAGCGGCAUCAACAUGGAAAACAUCGCCAACAUCGUGGGGAACGCGCAGAAGAUGCUCCAGGAUCAGCAGACGAGCAAGCGAAACGAGGAGAUGUUCCAGAGUCAAAGCACCAGUAGAAGGGACGAGUUUUUGGAAGACUUCCCGCCGGUUGCGAGCGACAGCUUCAGCUUCGAACCGCCGAGUCAAGGCACGUCUUCCCCGUCGAAACCGCACAUAAUCUCGAACAUAGUGUUGAACAGGAUCGACCGUUCGAACGCGCCGCAAAGUUUGGGGCCGAGUCGCCCGAGUUUCGAACCCAACAGACCCGAUCUCCAGCCCGCGAGGUCUUCGAUGAAUUCCAACGGAUCUCAGAUGAGCAUGGGGCCCAGGAUGGGCAUGCAGCAGGGGCCCAGAAUGGUGCUGCCAAGACCUCAGCUGAACAACGGCCCCAGCGGUAAUCAGCAGCAGCAGCAGAGAGGGAAUUACCCCCCAAUGGGUAACAACUCGUACGGAAACAAUUUCCAACCAAACAACUACCCAUCACAGCAGCAGCAGCAGCAACAACAACAACAAAAUGUCGCUUACCCCAACAUGAGGGGUAAUAAUUCAAACUUUGAACAAAGACCCAGAUAUAACAACCCACGAUUUCAAGGAAAUCAGUUUAAUAGUAGACCCAGUGGCAAUUAUAAUAAUAAUAAUAGUAAUAGAUGGUAAGUUUCAUUUCCCUGUCAUUUUUUUUUUAUAUUAAUGCAUUAAUUAAUAAUAAACGUGUAUAGCUUU